GAAUAAUUCACUUACUUUCUCCGUAUUUCAGCAUAACCUGUGACUCAGAAUUUGUGUCAUCCACCGUGGGUAGAGGAACAAAGCUACACAGAGCAGAGUUAACUGCAUGGGUAACUUCAGGGAUUUUCUGUGACCUACUCCAUCAAACUACACUGAUAGGUGGUUGUAUUUCUAACAGGCUGCAGUGCUCUGCGUAUCAAAGCUUAGAUGCCACUGAUAUGUCCAGAUAGUAUGUUCCCUUUAGUAAUGAAAAAAACCUUAAAUAUUGCUUCAACCUGACAUCUUUCUGUGGAAAUGUGUUAAUAACAUAACCACAGCUUAUUUCUAGGGAUAGGUGAAGAAAGGGAGAUCAUAAAUAUAUUUUUUUCCUUACUCUCAUCUGUCAUUUUAAUUAACAACCACGACUUUGUGUUCCCUCCCGUCUGGUUCAGAACUGGAAGUACUGAAAAGGGCCAGCUAUCAAAAAAGUGCAAACUAUAGUUCCAAAGGAAAUCUAUAAACUGCAGAGAUGCUGAAAGUUUAUGAAGAAGCACGGGAAUCUCUGUGCCAAAGCUAAAUAUGAAGCAAAAGUCCCUCCCUAUUAUUACAUCCCCCAGUCCUGUGAUUGCUUGGUUUUAAGAGAACAAUGGAUUAGAGCUAAAUAUGAGCGUGAGGAAUUUGUUGCCACCCGAGUCUGCCAAGAUCCUUGUUCUGCAGGUAGCCGUGAAGGAUUCCUCUGGAAGCGUGGACGGGAAAGCAAGCAGUUCAAGCAGAGGCGGUUUCUCCUGUCAGCAAGGGAAGGGGUGAUGAAGUACUACACUAAAGAACCCAAAGGUCCAAAAGCCGUUAUCAGCAUUGAGAAACUGAAUGUGAUGUUCCAGGCAGAGAAAAUCCAUCAUGCUCAUGGGCUGCAAAUCACAUACAAGACAGAUGGUCAAACAAGGAACCUUUUUGUCUAUCAUGAAAGCGGAAAGGAGAUUGUUGACUGGUUCAAUGCCAUUCGGGCUGCACGUUACCAUUAUUUCAGAACAACCUUCCCAGCUCUCUCUGAGCACGAGAUCAUACCCCGGAUCACAAGAAACUAUAUCAAAGAAGGGUAUAUGGAGAAAACCGGACCAAAGCAGAAGGAGACCUUUAAGAUGCGCUGGUUCAGCCUAGACUCUGAAGAGAGGAACCUGCUGUACUUUAAAAACCCACUGGAUGCAUUUCCACAAGGCCAAGUUUUUAUUGGAAGGAGAGUCGAGGGCUAUGAAGUACGAGCUGGCUUGCCCCAGGGAAUAUCUGUAAAGAAGAGGAAAUCAGGGAUCACCAUGGUCACGCCAAUGAGAGAGUUUUUGUUUCUGUGUGAGAACGAUAGGGAGCAGAGGGAGUGGAUAGAUGCCUUGAAUGGAGUAAUUGCCCAGCCCUUGUCUGGUUGAGACUAACACUGAGUUCCAGUGAACUGCACUUCUUGGGCUCUGUUUGGCACUGGUCUGCAUCCUCUUUUUGUCAGCAGGGAUAGUGCUCAAGCCCAUUCAGUGACUGUGCUACAAAGGGCUUCUUCCUUCAACAGCUACAGGCACAGGAAGGCUGGCAAAAUAAAGGAGUGAGGGGAAUGCAGGUAUUCAGAAAUUAUCUGUGUCCCUUCUUUUGAAGUGCAUUCACUCUUCCUUACAUUCUCUGCUUUUGAGCAGAUGAAGCCUUCCCAGGCUGAUGAAGGGAUAAAGUAGCUAUUGAUAUACAGAAAAAGAAACAAAGUCAGUGUAGAAAGUUUGUCCACAGAGGACUGGCAUGAAUUUCCUUGAGGAUUCCUGAAGAAUGUACUUGACAAUGCAGCCAUGACGUAUAUUCACAGUAAAUGUGACCAGCGUGCACAGAACAAGUGACCAAGAGGCAAAGACAUCACCACCUGCCAGGACAAUGCAGCAUGUCCUGCUGGAUAGAUGAAAGAUAAAAAUACAUGCUGGAAUGACUGGAUGUCUUUCUUGGGGGGGGGGGGAAACAGAGGCAGGCAACUACUAUACCUGCUUGCAUUUUCUGUCCAGCUAGGGACAUGUUGUGUCCAUGUAAUGGUUUUUAUGUCAUUUACAGUGUUACGUUUUCAUUACUGAAACUGUAAAAAAAAAUCACAAAAAUCGUAGGGGGUAGAAGGGACUUCUGGAGAUCACAUGCUCCAACCCCUGAUAAAGUUUGUUUGUAUCAUCUAUCCCACGCUUCCUAAGCUUAUCUUGUAAGGAUGUUCUAGCAGACAGUGUCAAAAGCCUUGCUGAAGUCAAGGCAGGCAACAUUCACUGCUUUCCCCUCCUCUACCCAACCAGUAAUGACAUCACAGAAGGCUACCAGAUCAGUCAAGUAUGAUUUUCUUUUGCUGCACCCGUGUUGACUACUCCAGUAACCUUUUCUUUCUUCCACUUGCGUGGGCUUGGACAUGACAUCCAGAAUUAGUUGGAUGGAGGUGAGGCUGACUGGCCUCUAGACUCUUAUUUGAGGAUCUGAGAACCAAGUCCUCAAGAUUAAAAGUCAAGAAUUGUGAAGAAUGUUGUUGUGGAUGCAUUCUAAUGACAUACUCUUAGAUCUUUGCUUUCAACAGUUGCUGCUAUUUGAUUAUUUUGGGAGUGGCAAAUGCAAUAUGUAGAAAACUUUUUUUUCCUCCAAAGCAGCCCCACCUACUACUCCAGUCAAGACAUGAGUUCAGGAUGAAGAUACACUGGUCUGUGUCAGCUUCUAAAAACAGGGGAAUGGGUGAGGAUUUAUAUUCAUUCAUGCAGUGCACUGAGUAUUUUCGUGCCUUGCAGCCAAGGCUGAGAUUUGGUUCUACUGAACAGUUAUUCAGAUAUUUAAUUAGUUUUUUUCAGAUUCCCUUAGUUGGAAAAUCAAGAGGAAGUCUUGCAAACUUAAGUUUCUGAUCAAGCUUCCACCUUUUGCUGACGCUUGCCAGCCAGUAUGAGUUACCCCAAAUAGUUCUCUUCUACAGGAAUGAGGAAGUACCAAUAUGUGCAUGGAUUACUAAGAUUAACUCUUUCUACAGCAGUACAGGAAAAAAAAAAGAAAAAAGAAUUAGAUCAUCAUUCUGCCUGUCUCUUGUCAUACAACCUUGAGCAAUCUGUGUCAGUAGUUUUGUUUCCUGAUACAUUUCCAUUAACUUAAUCUCCCAGCUCAUGUGCUGGUUCAGAUCUAACAGCCUAUGCCUGUAUCCUCUGAAAUCAAUAGCAAAGCACUUUUGA